AUGAAUAUUGAUUCAUCAACAUGGAAGGAGUAUAGUAGGGAAGAUGCAGAGUUUGAAGCUUCAUUCAAUGAGCAAAUUGGCCAGAUGAUUGCGGCCGGCAUCGUGACUUUUCCCGACUGGACUGGUUACCAUAGAUCUGAAAUCCAGAUUCCUACGCGCGAUGGGUCUUCAGUGCGAUCCCUCGUGAUUCAUCCUGAGGCAAAGGAACCAGGGCCGUUGUACGUGUACUUCGCAGGUGGGGGGUGGACUUUUGGAAUGCCAGAAUUCGGCGAGGGAAUGGCAGAGAUGUUGGUGAAGGAACUAGGAUUCACGGUUGUGAGCGUAGGAUAUAGGAACGCACCAGAGCAUGUCUUUCCUACCGCGGCGCAUGACGCUAUUGAUGCAGUCAAAUGGUGUGCCGAGAACGCGAAGUCGUUGAGUGCGGAUCCUUCCCAAGGUUUCAUCCUAGGAGGGACUUCAGCUGGAGCCAACCUAGCAGCUGUAUCAGCCCACCAGGUUGUCGACGACAAGUUAACCCCGAAGAUCACUGGAGUAGUCCUCAUGUCUGUUUCGGUAUGCCAUCCCGAGGCCAUGCCAGAGGAGUACAGACAGCACAUAUCAAGCUGGGAAGACCAUAAAGAUGGUCUAGUACUGGACCGACGAGGCAUAGAAUGGUUCUUCGACAAUUACAAACCAGACCCUAAGUCACCGCUCGCGAGCCCACUAAUCUGGAAGACUCAUGAAGGUCAACCUCGUACGUAUCUGCAGGUGAUGGGGACUGACCCCCUGCGUGACGAAGCACUGGUAUACGAGAAGGUUCUCCGAGACAUUGGGACACCAACGAAGGUCGACGUGUAUGCUGGAUAUCCGCAUGGUGCACCCGACUUCUUUCCCAUGCUUAGUGUGGCGAAGAGGGCGUUGGCUGAUUUGAAGGAGGCGCGCCUUUCUUCUUGCACCUUCAACCCAUCCGAUAAGAGACAGGCACCGAGACACGACGGGCUACGUCCUGCAUCGCGGGCAUACCGUGCCAAGAUGCAGAAUUCACCGCGGUCCAGCCCCGCCGCCAGGCCCGGCACUCCGCGAGGGGCGCGACAAACAAACAACGACGCGAAUCCCCUUUCACACCCCCUCAAACGCCUGUCCCUGCAUUCGGCGUCGAAUACCCCACUACCGCAGUCUCCCGCUCUGAAUUCACCUCGAAGUUCAGCUGACCUCCGCCGGACGCCUUCGACGCCCAACUUCAAAGCGAAUGCCGUCCAACGCAGCCCAAGUGUAGCAAGUUUCCGCUCUUCGACACCCGCCUUGGGACGCAAGUCGUCGACCUCUUCCCUCCGCGGCGACCCUCCUCGGCCAGGCACUUCUGCAUCCCGCCGCUCGUCCUUCAACCCAAACAUGCAGGCGCCCAUGCCCAAGAGCCCGCUAGGCCCCACGUAUGUAGAAGAGAAGCCACCCCUGCGCGCAUGUGAUGUCGCCGAAGAGUACUUUCAGAAGGACAUGGCGCGACAUGAAGGCAUGGCAGGCGCAGUCAAUGCGGGCACUAUCGUCAUUGUACACGACCAAUGCUACGGCCAUCGCUUUUCGCGGCCCAAGACACCCAAGAGCCACCUCAGCUUAAUCAUGGAGCGACCAGAGAGGAUACUGGCAAGCGUUUUGGGUAUCUCAGCAGCCUACGUGCGACUGGGUGAGCGCCACGCCGAGGGGGACAAUCCACCGCAUCCGCAUCACAAUCCGCCCGAGCGUAUCCCAUUCAAGAUCCGCAAGACUUCCCGAGCAGUCGACAUCACCUCCCAGGUCGUCACCAACGUACACGGAACCAAGUGGAUGGGCGAGCUCAAGUCAUUGUGCGACAACGCAGAGCGGAAGCUGGCGUCGACAGGGAAAGAGCUGGUCAGGGACACCCCUGCAAUGCCGGGACAACCGCCCAAGCAACAACUACAUGCUGGGGAUCUAUACCUCUGCCCCGAAUCGCUCAACGCCUUCCAGGGCGCUCUUGGAGGUGUUCUGGAUGCCGUGGAUGCUGUCUUCCAGGGGACCAGCCUUGGUAGCGGCCCCUCGCGAGCUUUCGUCUGUAUCCGCCCACCUGGUCAUCACUGCUCCGACGACUUUCCCUCCGGAUUCUGCUGGCUGAAUAACGUUCACGUUGGUAUCGAACACGCCAUGAUGACAUACGGCCUCACGCACGCAGCCAUCAUUGACUUUGAUCUGCAUCACGGAGAUGGCUCGCAAGCUAUAACAUGGGCGCGUAACAAAAAGGUUCAGAACAUGCCCAAGAAUACACCCAACUGGAAAAAGACCUCAAUCGGCUACUUCAGUCUACACGACAUCAACUCGUACCCUUGCGAAGACGGUGAUGACGACAAAGUUCAGGCCGCUAGUCUGUGUAUCGACAACGCACACGGCCAGUCCAUCUGGAACGUGCAUCUGCAAUCUUGGAAGACACCGGAGCAGUUUUGGGAAAUCUACGAAGAGAAGUACCUGAUACUGCUCGAGAAAACUCGCCAGUAUCUCAAACAUCACACCAACCGCCUCCAGGCAUCACCAAAUCACCCUGCGCCCAAAGCAGCCAUCUUCUUAUCUGCUGGCUUUGACGCGAGCGAGUGGGAAACUGCCGGCAUGCAACGGCACAGUGUCAACGUACCUACCGAAUUUUACGCUCGGUUCACCCGCGAUGUGGUACGCUUGGCCGAAGAGGAGGGUACGUCUGUGGAGGGUCGUGUCAUCUCUGUCCUAGAAGGCGGUUACAGUGACCGAGCACUUACCAGUGGUGUGUUCAGUCAUUUGAGCGGUCUUGUGGAUGGUCAAGUCUGGAAGGAGUCAGAACCAUCAAAGGGCCUCACCUCCUCCAUGCGAAACAGACUGAGUGGGCUUGGUAUCCAGGAUGAAGACGCUCGCAUGCAGUCUGUCGAGCCAGAACUUACACCCGUCAGUUACGAUCCUCUGUGGUGGCAGGCAACUCAUCUGUCUGAGCUGGAGGGUCUCGUUCCUCCACCGCCUGUAACUGCCUCAAAGGUGACCCGCGCUGAGCGCCUGGCCCAUUUCUCUUCACCCACACAGUCCUACGUCGCCAAAGUCGUGGAUCCAACAAAGAUCAAUCGUAGCCUUUCCGCCAAAUACGCUUCCAAUCCAUUGAGAGCGCCCACGCCACCGCCGCCAGAAGUUGAUUGGGCUACGGCUGCACAUGCUUUAAGUAGUUUGCUAAUACCGUCUGAUCGCCAAACCCGCAGUUUCAGGCCAGAAGAUCUAGCAGAAGUAAAAGCGAAGAAAGAGAAGCCCCCUGCGCCUGCCCCAGCAGCGGUUCGUGUCGAAAAGUCGGGACGUCAAUUACGUGGCCGUAAAGCUGCUCCAUCUUACGCUGAGCCUGGAUCCGACGACGAAAAGAUAUCUCGUCAGGAGUCACGAGCCAGUAGGCGCCAAACGAUCGCCGACUUUGCACCAGCCAGUUCAGAAGCUUCAGCGCCGACACACUCUGCUUCCCGUCGCAUGAGUAUCGCUUCCAGCGUCUCAUCACUAGGAGACAACAGAAAUGUUCGUGCGCCAAGUGUAGCGGCGAGCCGAAGAAGCGUUGCACCUUCUGUAGCUUCAACCAAUGGAGUGGCUAUGAAGAAGGCAAGAGGAUCAACAACAACGACUGCUGCGGCAGCUCGCGCCCCUCAGCGUCCGGCAGUAGCAAGAGCACCUUCCAGCUAUUCUGUCAAGGCGGGUGCGAUUAAGGGAAAGGAGAACGACGGCGUCGAUGCACUCACUUCAGGCUUGAAGCGCAUCACGUUGAGAAUGCCCUCGAAGGAGGAGCAUGAAGCACGAGAGAAGGAGAAGGCUGAGAAGCAAAAGGCCGCUGAAGCACCAAAGAAGACUACUGCACGGAAACCACCAGCUGCUCGCGCUCCUCCCACUAAACCGACGACUAAACCUGCAGCAACUGCUAAGAGGGGACCUGGUCGGCCAGCAAAAUCGUCGAAACCUGCAUCGCCUAUCCCCGAUACCCCACAGUUGCAAGUUGCUGCUGCUGCACCUCUCGAACAACCCCAGCCAAUACAGACAGACUCGUCUAAUGUCCUACCACAGCCUACCGCGCCACAGCCUUUCCAGGAUGCACAAAAUCCGAUGGAGCCCCCAGCUGUAGAUCGACGUAUUUCUGGUGGAAUCGUGCAGCCACCCACUGAACUGCAUGAUAUGGCUAUAACACCGGAACAGAUCCGUGAACAACUCCCUAUGCCGUCCUUCGUCACUGUAACGGAGCCACUCUCGGAUGUCUCACCACCUUCUCGUGCCGAUACGCCUCCUCCCCCACCACCGUCGAAUAUUUCACAGUUCGUCAAUUACACUGCGCAGAGCUUCGGUGGAAACCCAGACUUUGUAACCUCACCACCGGACACGUCAAGCCCACAGGCAUCCGCGACUUUACAAUGGGUUGCCAAUACACACGCUGAGGACACGACCAUGCCUGGCGUUCCGCUCAUGUCACCGCCAAGCAAGAGGGCUGAUCUACCUGUAUUCACAGCAAACGGUGCGAUACCGUUCGCAUCAGGCUCGAAUGAGUUGGACAACGCGUCUAGGCCUGAGUACUCUGGUGUAGAUAUCAAGAACGAGGAGAAGGUCAGGGACAUGUGGGAGGUACCUGAUACGCCCGCUCGCUAG